AUGCGAUAUGCUAUGCCAUCUACAGCUAGGUGUACCCUGUCGAGUUUUAAACCACGGUCUGUACCACGGGUCCUUCUCCUCUCCAACAAGCCCCUCCUUCCUAAUCGAACUCGCCCUCGAAAGCUCAUGCGCCAUCUGCCGGAUGUAAGCCCUUCACACCAUGUAAAAUAUGUUUGUAUCCUUGAUACGAUAAAUCCCCAAAACAACAGCACCCCACCAGCCUCCGCAAUGAACGGAAUUUUGAUGGAAGCAGACGGGUUCUCUAGCGCCGAGAACGCCGCGGAAGACGCCGAUGUAGUGGUAGUAGACGAUGUUGUGCCAGAGUUGGUGCGAAUUUCAUUAGAAAACCCAAGUCAUUUUGAAGAGUACGAAAAUCUAGCUAAAUCUUGGCUCAUCCUAAUCGGUAGGAUGUUCUGGCAAGGAAUUGCGAUUGUAGUUGCGGGUGUGAGAAGCAGCUUCUUCCAGCUUACCAUUUCCCAAAUCCAAGCAGCUAACAUAGGGAUGGCAACGAUAGUCAACCCAACCAACCCGCGCUUCCCACGGCCCCAAUACGGCCGAUCGGGAAUCCAUUGCAGACCCCAUCCAGCCGGGCGAACGAGUCCGAAGAUUAUUGAGAUGCGUCAUGGUUCGUCAGCCAAUUCCAAUUCCUACUCGAUGCUAAAUUACUCACCAUUGACAGAGCCACUGUAA